UUCAGCCCUUAAACUUGAUGAAGUUUCCCACUGAACUUUACAUUCAGCGCGGAUCAGUCCUCAGCUCAGCAGCAUGGCUCUAUCGGGCAAGUGGUGGAUUCUGUGCGCGCUCUCGCUCUCCUGCGUCGCCCUCUUCGGCUCCUGCAGAAGAGAUAGACAAGCAGGCAGAGGCAAACCCGAGCUCUUCAUCUUCAAUGAGUUGUGCGCUCUAAAGGACGAGCCGGGGCUUUGCAAGGCCAUUAAAGAAAGAUUCUUCUUCAACGUGGACACGGGACACUGUGAGCUGUUUGAAUAUGGAGGCUGUGGAGGGAACGCCAACAAUUUUGACACCUUGGAAGCGUGUGAGGAAACUUGUGUCGUCUCAGACGACAAGAACCCCUGUCAUCUAGCCGUGGCCUUCGGCCCCUGUCGGGGAAUGGUGAAGCGCUACUUCUUUGACAGCACAAGUCAGGAGUGCAAGCAUUUCUAUUACGGCGGCUGCUUCGGCAACGCCAACAACUUCAGGAGCAUGGCGGAGUGCCAGGCAAGAUGUCCGAACCCAGUAAUACCCACCAAGGAAUCAGAAGUCCACACACAGGCUACUAGAAGCUCAGAUGUUGUCCAAGCAACUGAAGUAACUGAAGAACUGGCUCUAAUUCAACCUCAAGUGCAACUGAAUCACUCGAAUCAAGGGACAGAAGAUGUGAAGCAUAAGAGGCUGUGCUUCAGUCCAGCGGACAGGGGAACAUGUGACGGUGCAGAGAAGAGAUUCUUCUACAACUCCAGGACCAAGAGAUGCCAGAUGUUUCACUACAGUGGAUGUGGAGGAAAUGAGAAUAACUUCAUGGUCCGGAAGCAAUGUAUCAGAAAGUGCAUCAGACGCAGAGAGCCUCACGGGAAGAUGAUGAUCCGGAUAAGGAGGAAAAACAUUGGCAACAUUCUUCAUCGCUCGGUCUGAACGCUGGGCUCUGCCUCAGAUCCUGCACUACUGUGGAGUCACCUGUAUUUAUGUCUAUAUUUUUAUUUCUAGCUUUACUCCUGCAGGUGUUUCACAGUGCUACAAUACUUGUGUAAAGCUAAUCUCUUGUGCACCUGAAUUAACUUUGUAGUGACUGAAUCAUUAUACGUCUCAAUAUCUCAGUGACAACAAACUUGCGUUUGGCUGAUUUUUAAUAAUGCAGCUCUUUAUUGUAAAUGUAAUGUCUUUGAUUCCACAGUUUCAGAACUGUGUUGCUAGCAUACUGAUAUAAACCGUUUUCCUGCAAAUUUAAGGAAAAUGCCAAAGUUACACUAUGAUUUUUUUGUUCUGUGGCCAAAUGAUGCUUCUGCUGCACAUUGAAAGAAACUGAUGCUAUUCUACAGUGUUUUUUUUUUUGGGGGUGAAGCUUCACUAUUGUUUAUCAAUGUGAGGAGCAGCAUUAGCAGAUUAAAGCAGUGGACAAUCAUUGUUCCAGGAUCAAUGACAACAGAACCAGUGCUCUCAAGCAAACACAUUCGUCACGUGGACCAUCUCCUCACGACUGUAAAUCAAUGUGAACAAGGUAGUGACUGCUUUAUUCUUGUCAGAUUAGGCCUAAAUAUACAUGCACUUUUUGCUUUUUCCUUUUAAAUCAAUAUCAUGCAGCUUUAUAAAUCAAUAUGGUCUUACUGGUGUUAUUCGUCAUGUUGUUGAGUUAAAACAGAGGGGGGCAGUGUUGUGUAAGGUUCAGCAUAGGCCCCUUUGGGCUUCAUGGUAUUUGCUCUACUGUCUUGUUUUAUGGCUGUAAAGAACUGGAGUCAGAUUUCAUAAAAUAAAUCCAUACUAUAUUCCAA